AUGGAUAAAAUGCUUGUUAGAAAACGUGCUACAGCAAAAGCAAAGUUCACAAUAGUUGCAAAGAAAUUAGAACCCCUCAUUGUGAAAUUUGAAAGUGAUUCAUCUUCUUUGAGUGAAGGAGAUUUUGAUUUAAUUAGAAUUUUUAAAGAUGAUUUAUCGUCAAUUGAUGAAUCCUUUGAUCAAGUUCAGUCACAAAUUGAAAUAUCUUGUGAAGACGAUCAAUUUGAUAGUGAAAUAAUUCAAAGAGAGGAAUUUUCUGACAAGAUGUGUAGGUUUCGAAAUAAAAUUAAUUUGAUGUUGAAUAAGAGAAAUGUUCUCAAUCAUGAUGUCAAAUCUGAGGCAAAGUCAAGGGUACAAUUGCCAGUUAUAGACUUGCCUAAGUUUAAUGGUACAUAUGAAGGAUGGUUGAGUUUCAAAGAUCUUUUUCAUUCUCUCGUGCAUUCCAAUCAAUCAAUCAGUGAUAUACAAAAAUAUCAUUAUUUGCGGGCUAGUUUAAAUAGUGCCACAUCCAAAAUGAUAGAGUCCCUCGAUUUUUCAUCGGAAAAUUAUAUUAUCGCUUGGGAAUUACUAUGCAACCGGUUUGACAAUAAAAAGUUUUUGAUUAAUAAUCAUAUUAAGUGCCUAUUCAAUUUAAUUCCAUUGAAAAAAGAAUGUUCAGAGGCACUACGUAAUCUCAUAGAUUCUCUCUUUAAACAUUUAAGAACACUCAGUAAUCUCGGUUUGAAUGUGGAUUCUUGGGAUCCAUUGUUAAUUUAUUUAAUGACGACUAAACUCGACAAAAUUUCAGUAUGUGAAUGGGAAAAGGUGAAAACCAAUUUGGACCUGCCCACCCUUAAGGAAUUUACUACCUUUUUGAAGAAUAGAGCUGAUUUGCUUGAAUCUUUGGAACAAAACAAUGAAAUUAGCCCAGAGACAAUUAAAAAGGAAUUUAAGGGAAAGCAUGUCAGAAGCUAUUUAGGUAAGACUGACAGGGUAAAAUCCAAAUCGGUUAAGUGUUUCUUGUGCGAUGAGAACCACGUUAUCUAUUAUUGUUCAGACUUCUUAAAAUUAAGUAUUUCACAAAGAUUAGAGAAAGUCAAUGAAUUGAAUUUAUGUAGAAAUUGUCUUUGUAAAGGACACACAGCUGAUGAGUGUCGAUAUAUUGCUUGUCCAAACUGCAAGGAAAAGCAUAAUAAAUUAUUGCAUGUAGAAAAUGAAAGAGUUGCCCUCACUAGUUUUACAAACUCAUAUGUUUUAUUGUCAACAGUAAAAAUUCACGUAACUGACAAUUAUGGAAAUAAACAUAUUUGCCAUGCACUCUUGGAUUCGGGAUCACAAUUAAAUUUCAUAACUCGAGAUUUCGUUUCAAAAUUAAAAUUACCUCUUUCAAAUGCACAUAUAAGUGUGACAGGAAUAAAUUCAGUUUCACAUUUGAAUAGACAAUGCAAUGUUUCGGUGGAAUCACUGACUAAAAUUCAUGCAAUGAAUUUGAACUGUUUCGUCUUACCAAAAAUAGCCGACCGACUUCCAAAUAAACCUCUGAAUAUUUCGAAUUUAGAUAUUCCCCACAAUAUUCAAUUAGCGGAUCCGGAAUUCUAUAAACCAAAAAGGAUCGAUAUGAUCAUUGGAUCGUCCAACUUUUGGGAUUGCUUAGAACCGCAGCAGAUAAAAUUGAAAAAAGGAUAUCCGGUGUUACAGAAUACUGUUUUUGGUUUCACAGUUUCUGGUUGUCUUAGCACUAACAAUGUUUCAAAUGGUAGGUCUUUGAAUUUAUUGGCGACUUCUGAGAAUGAAAACCUGAAUCCAUUACUACAGCUUUUUUGUUUGGUUGAAGAGGUGAAUGAUAAAAAGGAGGUAUUUUCUUCUAAGGAAGAUAUUCCUUCUAGUAAAGAAUGCGGUAGAUUUGGGGUGAAGAUUCCUUUUUUUACAGAUGAUAUUUGUAAGUUGGGUGACUCAAAGGCAACAGUAAUGAAAAAGUUGUUGCCUCAGGAGAUUAGGUUAGAAGAAAAUCCUGUCCUUAAGGAACGAGUUCAUGAUUUCAUGAAAGAAUAUCGGGAGUUAGGGCACAUGAGUUUGAUUAGCGACAUAUCGCAUGACAAGUUGUCAUUUUUUCUACCUCAUCAUCCUGUUCGUCGUGAGGAUAAUCUCACAACAAAAAUCCCAGAUGUUUUUAAUGGGUCAUCUUUUAGUAUUUCACGUUAUGCAUUGAAUGAUAUUCAAUGUGUCGGACCUCCAAUUCUGGGCAAUCUUUUUAAAGUAUUAUUGAAAUUCGGUAAAUUUCGCUUUGCCGUCUUGGCAGAUAUAGCCAAAAUGUAUCGAGCUGCUUUGAUGCGCUCUCGAUUAGUGAAAUCUGUCACCGAAAUCAUGACCACGAGAAAAAAAUGGACUACUGGUUCCACUCCAGUUGUUGUGGGAACCAUGGUCAUCAUAAGGAACGACAACUGCCCUCCAACCAAGUGGGAUCUCGGACGAAUUAUUGAACUUCAUCCUGGUAGUGAUGGUGUGACUCGUGUAGUGAGCGUUAAAACUGGAAAAGGUGUUUUUAAGCGCCCAGUGGUAAAACUGUGCCCAUUACCUAAUAUGGCAGAAAAUUGA